GCCGCCGAUUGUUCUGCCUGCGGGAACCAUCUCAUAUCUCGGCCAAGAUGAGGGAAAUCCUGCACAUCCAGGGUGGGCAAUGCGGCAACCAGAUCGGUGCCAAGUUCUGGGAGGUGGUGUGUGAUGAGCAUGGCAUUGACCCAACUGGGCGCUACACCGGUACCUCUGACCUGCAGUUGGAGCGUGUCAAUGUCUACUACAAUGAGGCCUCCUGUGGUCGCUUUGUGCCCCGGGCUGUUCUUAUGGACCUUGAGCCUGGCACCAUGGACAGUGUCCGCACUGGCCCUUACGGGCAGAUCUUCCGCCCUGACAACUUCGUCUUUGGGCAAUCUGGUGCGGGUAACAAUUGGGCCAAGGGCCACUACACCGAGGGUGCUGAGCUUAUCGAUUCUGUUUUGGAUGUUGUGAGGAAGGAGGCUGAGAACUGUGACUGUCUGCAAGGAUUCCAAGUAUGCCACUCUCUUGGUGGUGGUACCGGGUCUGGCAUGGGUACCCUGUUGAUAUCUAAAAUCAGGGAGGAGUACCCUGACCGCAUGAUGCUGACGUUCUCAGUGUUCCCCUCACCAAAAGUAUCUGAUACUGUGGUUGAGCCAUACAAUGCAACUCUCUCAGUCCAUCAGCUGGUUGAGAAUGCUGACGAGUGCAUGGUUCUUGACAAUGAGGCUCUCUAUGACAUCUGUUUCAGGACUCUUAAGCUGACCACACCUAGCUUUGGGGACUUGAACCAUUUAAUCUCUGCUACCAUGAGUGGAGUCACAUGCUGCCUAAGGUUCCCUGGUCAGCUGAAUUCCGACCUCCGGAAGCUGGCAGUGAACCUUAUCCCAUUCCCCCGCCUCCACUUCUUCAUGGUGGGCUUUGCUCCAUUGACAUCCCGUGGGUCUCAGCAGUACCGUGCCCUCACUGUCCCAGAGCUCACACAGCAAAUGUGGGAUGCCAAGAACAUGAUGUGCGCCGCCGAUCCUCGCCAUGGCCGUUACCUCACCGCCUCUGCCAUGUUCCGUGGAAAGAUGAGCACAAAGGAGGUCGACGAGCAGAUGAUCAACGUCCAGAACAAGAACUCAUCCUACUUUGUGGAGUGGAUCCCCAACAAUGUCAAGUCCAGCGUCUGUGACAUCCCACCGACAGGGCUCUCCAUGGCGUCCACCUUCGUUGGCAACUCGACCUCCAUCCAGGAGAUGUUCCGGAGGGUGAGCGAGCAGUUCACUGCCAUGUUCAGGAGGAAGGCUUUCUUGCAUUGGUACACUGGUGAAGGCAUGGACGAGAUGGAGUUCACUGAGGCUGAGAGCAACAUGAACGACCUUGUCUCGGAGUACCAGCAGUACCAGGAUGCUACUGCCGAUGAGGAGGGCGAGUACGAGGAUGAAGAUCAGGAGCCUGAGGAGGACAUGUAAGGUGGGAGGUCCAUGUGGUGCUUUGCUGGGUGGGGGGGUUCUGGGGGCAGAGUUUGAUCUGUUUGGUGCUUUGUUAUAAAUCUGUUUAUCAUCGCAACUACCGCUUGUACGCCACCGCCAUUCUUCAUGCCUUUCCUAAGCUUUGUAUUUCUCAUGUUAUGGCACCUUUUCGGUAUUGUAUCACUUGAUGCCAUCCGGUAUGUUCUGUGUUGAGGUUUCUGGACCUCUCUGGUGGUGAAUGGCUUCUGAGUUGGUAUUUC